CGAGCCACCGAUCUGGCCUCAAAACGGCCCCAUUAAUGCCGUCCGAAGCUUUGUCGCUCUUUUCUGAAGGAUUUGGACGUAAAUAGCCCGGCUGUUCAAUAUGGCGGACCGCACGGUGGAAGUCUAUCGUGUACAGGAAUUGGAGAGCGUUCUGGACUCCCUCUAUGGAACUUCAGUGGAAGGUGCCACAGAACGGUACGCCAACCUGAUCAAUGACUUCAAGAACAAGUACGGAGUGGCUCCAGAAUUCAUCGGCAGGUCUCCUGGUCGCGUGAACAUCGUUGGGGAACACAUAGAUUACGAGGGCUAUUCAGUGUUGCCCAUGGCCAUCAGACAGGACACGAUAGUAGCCAUCGGCAGAGCAAGCGACCUGAAUGUGCACGUUGCCACUCUGGCACCAGGCUUGACAGAGGAGGAGUUUACCAUUGACGCUGAGCGCAUUGGGGUUGCUCUCCACACAUGGGUCGACUACGUGAAGGCCGCGUACAUUGGCGUCUGCAAGCAUCUGCAGAGGAAUUCAAGCACGGGCCUCAAUCUCCUGAUUGAGGGCCAAGUUCCGCAAGGCUCCGGGCUGUCCAGCUCUGCUGCCCUUGUGUGCGCUACAGCGCUGGCCAUACUUGGCCUGCUUGGCGAGACCGUGCUCCAGGCGGAGGUGGCGCAGUUCACGGCGGAGUGUGAGAAGUUUGUGGGCACAGAGUCUGGCGGCAUGGACCAGGCCAUCUCCAUCAUGGGCGAGCUGGGCAAGGCCAAGCUGGUGCACUUCAACCCGAUCCGCACAGAGGACGCGCCAUUGCCAAAGGGGGCCAGUUUUGUGAUCGCCAAUUCACUGGCGGUGUCAAAGAAAGCGGAGGGGGCGGCCCGGCAGUACAACAUGCGCGUCGUGGAGUGCCGCCUAGCAGCAGCCGUCCUCGGAGUCAAGCUCGGCCUCGAACCUGACGAUGUGAGGGCGGCCCAGAGCAAAAUGCUGGCCGGCCCAAAGGGCAGCGUGACGGGCGCGGAGGCCGAGGUGGUGAAGAAGUACUUGGACAAGGAGAAGUACACGCAAGCGGAGCUGGAGCAGCUGCUGGGUGUCGAGCUGGAAAAGAUGUUCGAGGGCAACAACAAUCAACUGGAUGAACUUUGGCCUUGGUGCUCAGGCUUCAAUCUGCGCGAUCGCGCGCUGCAUGUGUACUCAGAGGCAGCGCGCGUGGUGGAUUUCAAAGCAAUCUGCGACAGCGAAGCCAAGCAGGACGAUGAGCCCAAGAAAUUGGACAAGUUGGCCACCCUCAUGAAACAGAGCCACGCUUCCUGCCGGUACGAGUAUGACUGCAGCUGCGAGGAGCUGAAUCAUCUGGUGGAGGCAAGCAUCAAUGCAGGCGCGCUCGGCUCGCGGCUGACCGGUGCCGGCUGGGGCGGCUGCACCGUCUCCCUUGUGCCAGAGGGGAAGGUGGAGAGCUUCAUUGCCGAAGUGAAGCAGAAGUACUACAUGGCGAAGCUCGAGGCGAAGAAGCUGUCACAGAAGGACUUCAAGGAGGAUGGCAAGGGUGGCUGGGAGCCUGUUGUAGGCUGGAAGAAUGUCAUCUUUGCCUCACCCCCCGGCUCUGGUGGCGCCAUUCUGGACCUCACAAAGUUUGCCUCCUGAUUGCCAAUUUUGCUCUUUGGAAGCGUGUUCUUCCAGCACACCGUAUCGCAGCUGCUUGUCCUUGCCCAAGCCCAUCUGAAGUAGUGAAAUGUAUACGAUAAUAACAGUCGUGCCACACGAAAAUCAGUUCUCGUUGUCUUCGAUCUGGGCCAUGGCUAGAUUUUUGUGUGUACCUUGUCUUCUGGUGAAUAUGGGUCACAGGCACAUCGCACCCCUUUUUGUGUACUUCAAGAACCCAAUGUAUAGGCGCAUGGCAAUCUUUGAGAGAUUUUUGAAUGGAUUGCCAUUUCUGGCACGUGAAACUCUAUGUUACCUUUGGGCAAACAAGUGUAAAAAUUAGUAGCAGC